UAUAGGGCUCUUUUCGGCUGCUGCAACAAUCCCGGCUGAGUUAUGAGUUUACAAUCUUGUAACAACAACACGGUUGAACUGGUGAAGUCACAAAUGAAGAAGUCCGUGAAAUUGAUCAAUGUCUACAGAUGGAUAAUCGAUGCUUAUAUCUCGGAUUUUUUCACUGAUGGAUUGUGGGAUAGACUUCCGGAGGGGUGGACAGAGGGGUUAUCACAGCUAGACUCACUUGAUCUGGCCUUCCUUCUUGACUCCUCACUGCCGAUUCCAAACAGGAAGGACCUUCCUUUGACUUUGCUAGCAUUUAGAGAAUCUACACAUGCUCUGUCCUUGGACCGACAAAAAGUGGAUCUGGAGAAUAAAGGGAUUGGUGAAGGACUCUUUCCAUUAGAUAAAGACAAAGAAAGGAAGGCUGUAGUUUCACCUCAUUCUGGUGUCACAACACAGACAAAGGCCAGGGCUGACAUCCAAUUUGGACAAUACCUGCCACUUAACGCCUGCUUUCGCACACAUGUUAAACCAAAAAAACAACAUGAGAUCUUACAACUUGGAAAGGCGAUACAGUUGUUGGGGAGUGGGUGUAGCUGUGACCAUGUGGUAGACGUCGGGGCGGGCCAGGGACACCUGUCCAGACUGCUUGCCUUCGGUCACGGCUUCAAAGUCACCACAGUAGAAGCUGCAGGCUGCCAUGCACCCAAAGCAGAGAAAAUGGAUAAAGACAUUCAAAAGAAAAUACACAGAAAGUUAAAGCGAAAACAUCCAACAGAGCAGGAACAAGCUUCAGUGGAUGGUAGCAAAGAGGACACUACAGCCAGCAACACAACCUCACUGCCUGAUCAUGUGACCUGUCUCAUCCAACCAGGAACAAGUGCGGAGAAGUUUUUAGAAGUGGUCAGGGACUCUUACAGAAAACAGACUGAUGUUUUAGAUAUUGAAGGCCAAGGAAGAGUGCCAAAUCAAGAUCCUUCAAAUAUGUCAACAGGGUCAAGAUCACCAAAUUCAAAAAUGUGUUCAAAACAUUUGAAAUCAGAAAAGACAAACUCACCGAGAUCACAAAACAUUGAGACAGAUUGUAUAAACUCUCCUGUUGAUAGUGUUGAUACCAAAGUAACACAACCAGGACCAGGUAUCAAUUGUGUCCGGGAUCUAUCCCAGUUUGUCUUGACUGGUCUCCAUGCCUGUGGUGAUUUGACCCCCACCAUGCUGAGGAUUUUCGCCCAGUGUCCAGAUAUCGUUGGUGUGGCCUCUGUUGCAUGCUGUUAUAUGAAGCUGUCCUGUAGAGAGGGGGGAGCAGAUGAGGACAGUGGUGACCUGGGAUAUCCAAUGAGCCAGUUCACUGCGAAUCUCAAAGACAAUCAUCUGAGCUUCGAGGCCAGGGCAAUGGCAUGUCAUUUUGCAGAUUCUUACAAAGAAAGACUCCUUGCCAACCCGCCUAGUCUGAAGUUGCACUGCUACAGGGCUGCAUUACAGUAUAUCAUCAAAGAGGUCUACCCAGACUUCAGCCAGGGCAGCAUACGGCUCUCCAUCAAACACUCAGACACCAUGACAUUUGAAAGCUAUGUGAAGACUAGCCUUCGAAGACUGGGCCUAGAUCCGGAUGUGCCAGUCCAGGUGUUGCAGCAGGCACAGAGUUACCUCCCCUGCUGGCAAAAGGUGGUGGCCUUCUACACUUUACGAUUGUCGCUUGCCCCGGUAGUAGAGAGCCUCAUUCUGCUGGACAGGAUGCUUUACUUGUACGAACAAGGGAUACCAAGUGUACUGUUGCCAAUAUUUGACCCCGCCCUGUCACCAAGAAAUUUUGUAUUGCUGGCUUCUAGGAAAUGUUCCGUGGACAUCACCACUUCCUGACAAAUCUGAUGUCUCCUUCAUCAAGGAAUUUUGUACUACUGGCAUCUAGGACACAAUCAACAGACAUCACCACUCCCAGGAGACGUUACCCAUGACAUCACCACUCCCAGGAUACGUUACCCAUGAUAUCACCACUUCCAGGAUACGUUACCCAUGAUAUCACCACUCCCAGGAGACGUUACCCAUGACAUCACCACUCCCAGGAUACGUUACCCAUGAUAUCACCACUCCAAGGAUACGUUACCAAUGAUAUCACCACUCCCAGGAUACGUUACCCAUGACAUCACCACUCCCAGGAUACGUUAGCAAUGAUAUCACCACUCCAAGGAUACAUAACCCAUGAUAUCACCACUCCAAGGAUACAUAACCCAUGACAUCACCACUCCCAGGAUACGUUACCCAUGAUAUCACCACUCCCAGGAUACGUUACCCAUGAUAUCACCACUCCCAUGAUAUCAAGGAACUUCAUACUUUACAAUUUCUAGGAAACAUGGUAUCCACGGACAUCACACCUUGAUACAUCACCAAGGAACUUUGUGCUACUAGCUGCUUAACCCUUUCAUCCCUAUGUAGACUCUACCAUGCAUUGAUCUGGAUGUGUCCAUUAUGGUCUACAGUGGUGAAAGGGUCAACAAUCAAAUAGUUCAUCAGUUUCUGUACCGAUACAAUAUAUUGAUACAUGUAUACACAAAAUCUGCAUCUUCUUUAUACUUCAGUAGAUACAGAAACUAUUUGUGCUUCACACUGAUUGUUGUUGAUAUCUCUUUAUGUUUGACUCGGAGUAUGACCCAUUGUUUUUUCGCUGUCCAGAAGAUUUCAUGGAACCCACUUUUGGUCAGUAUCAUGUUAUACUGCAGUACUGAUUGUAGUUUUAUUAUUCAUGGCAAAGACAGUCACAACUAGGUACUCAAUAUUUUAAUGCCAAAAUCAGGAAAAUGGCUAGCAUACAAUAUAUAAUUGGAAGGUGGGUGGCUGCAUGGGUUGAGUGUUCGUCUAUUUAAUCAAAGACUUUACUAGUUGUACCAAAAUUUCAGAUAUAAGAAUUUUAUCAAUGAUUAUAGCUGGUCUCCUUCACAUACAUGUACUAGGAAAACUGACGAGAGAAUAAAACAACAAGUAAAUAUCAUUGUAAGAAUUUAUUUGUUUACAUCAUGAUUUCUUUAGUAGUGCUACACAAGGAAGAAUAAUUUACAAAUCAUUUACAUGUAAAUGAGGACAUAUUUGUUGAGAUGAUUUUUCAGCAGUCAAUUUACUGGUGUAACAGCACACCAGUGAUAAGUAUUACUGCUGUUCUAUAACCUAGUACUGGUCAGACUUGCCUUCAGUCAUUUGAUUUCCCAUUGGUCAACACACUCCGCUGUAAUCAAGAGACCAGUAGCAAGCCUACUUACCAGUGGGUGGUGGACUGUACUGGAAAAUAGCUCUCGGCACUUAAUGUAUAUAGCGUUGUUUUACGCAGUGUUUUGUGUUGAGGAUAAUUCCAGUAUUACACAAUAACCAGCAGUGAAGACAAGUCUGUACAAAGGCAUGCUAUAGCCACACUCCUGUUCUGUGAGAUGGUUUUAGUGUGCUACAUUUCACUGUACUAGCGCUGACCUUCCAGUAAUAAAAAGGGUUGACCUAUCACCAAACCAAGUCCAGCAUUAUUUUGGUCUGUGAUAAUAACCGUAAACCUUGUUGAUGUGUAAUCCAAGGUUUGGUGACAGUCAACCUAAUAUAACCUACAAUGUACUAGCCCUGAUUCAUGAAACGAUCCAAGUCUAAAAUUGUCUUAAGUUUUAUCUCAACCAAUCACACAUUAUGUCAUGAAAAGUGACGUCGUACAUGAUUGGCUAAGCAAAUCCUCAAGUUUAAGAUUGUUUCAUGAUCCCGGGACCAGAUAAAUGAUCUCUGUAGGCUGCUGCUAGGAAGCUAUCUUACAGGAUUGUACUGAACAUUGCAAGCAUGGUGGGUAAAGCUCAAGAAUUAAAUUAACUGCAAGUUGUGUGCACAGCGGGGGAAACUGGCACUGACCAGUUCUUCAAAGUAUACAGACCUCAAUAUUUUAUAAAUAAGUCACUUUGGAAAAGUGCAUGACUAAAACUGUAUCCUUGGAAUAUUUAAUUUAUAUUGUAUCUCUAAAUACAAGGAUCAGGUAAUACCACAAUGUACAUUUAAAAUUGAAAUGUCCAAUGAAAUUUGAUGAAAUAUAUCAAGAAAUAGUUUGAAAAUUAAAACGUUUUUGGUAAAAUAAUUAUCAUAAAUAUUUAUAUAACGUUUCCAAAAGGAUUUAUUUUUUUAGUAUCAUAUGGUAAUGUUAUGUUAAAUGUUCAAAUUUGUGAAUAUUGCAUAAUAUAUACAACUUGAAUAUUACAAAUUCUCACAACAUAAAUUCUCAUCAUAGAAAUAUCAUAUUACAUCUUCAAUAAUAGUCUGCAAAAUCCAUAACUUGUACAUACUGAAAUCACAAAGCGCAUUGCUCAAUGGAAAAACACUAAUGGGAUCUACAAAAAUAAGGUGAAAUGUAGUUUAUAGGAAAAGUUCAUGAAUCACUGAUAAUUAUCAGUUCUGAUGUUAUAGUUCAAUGUAAUCAAAACUAGUUAAGAAAACAUGCAUCAUUAUCUCAAAACCUUUUUGUCUGGUAAGCAGUAGCUUACAAAUGAUACCUUUUAUUAAUAGCUGAAUGUAACAUACAUUUGUAGUAACACAAGUCUAGACUGGUCCUUACUGAGAAACUGUAGGGGAGACAACCCAACAUAAAAUAUGGAAUCGGCAGGAACACUGCAUCUACAUAUACACAAAAAAAUGGGAUCGCAAAGGCAAAAAUUGAUUGUCAAAGGCCAAUGCUUAACAUUACUGAAUGACUAGAGGAUUUGGCCCUAAAGUUUUCUAAUCAUUAAUAGCAGGUUUGUGUUUCUCAUAACACAUUUUUUACUCGUAACAAUUGUGCAAAGUAUACUUCAUAUAGAAUCAAAGAUUUCUUCUGAUUCUGUCAUAGAAAAUGUCAACGCAUUCAAAAGCAGUUUUAAGCAAAAAUCCUUCUAUAAAGGCUUUUAUAGGUUAUACUCCAAUGAAAAUCAGAACCACAUAAUUAAUAACAAACUGACAAUGUUUUCAUCUUGAAAUAAUCUCAUAAAAACUACAGAACUUUGGUCUACAUGUGAGGGAAGAUAAAAUCAAAUGGCAACAGUCGGUGGAGGUGUUAGUAUCCUAGUGAGUCUACAAUAGAAGGUUAAAACAUUGAAGCUACCUAGCAAUGUUCUACAAGGUUGUAGCAUUUCGAGACAGAACAAUGACAACAUGCCCUGUACCUACGUACAUCUGCAAUAUAGAGUAACCCUGAGUUAACACAAGAUAUCUACACGUUUUAAAGUAAAAAUGCAAAAGAAAUACAAAAUUUCUUGAUGUUAUGAUACAGAUUUCUGUAAGAAUCACUUUUCCCUCCAGUUAAGCUCAUAUCAUCUGCUAAUGAUGUGUUAUACAAGAUACUGAAUAAGUUGUAUCUUGGAAGUAUUUGUGAUAAGUUGAUGUUUCAAGCUAUCUAACUAUAUAAUUAUAUUGCUGUAAUAUGAUAUAUUGUUUAUUGAAAUUUUCUCAUCAAUGGCCAGAUAAGUAGACAAAGAGUUUUUUGAAAAAUAUUCUGAAAACCAAAACUUACCUAAAUACUAAUGAGUAAGAAAAUCUACGAGAAUUAUAUACCUGUUCUGUUUCGGCUGGUCCAGACACCAUGCACACAUGAUGCAAAAGAGAGUAGUGAUUAGCCUGUAUCCUGCUUUCCCUCCCACACAGAUAUGACAGUACAUGGAGGAUGAAGUUUUCUACAUUAACCCUUUCACCACUGUGGACCAUAAUGGACCCCUCCAUAUCAAUGCAUGGUAGAGUCUACUAAAGCUACAUAGGGGUGAAAGGGUUAACACAUGUCAAUUAUACACGUACUUGUAGCUGAUGAACACUCGCACAAGUCUACUUAACAGGAUUCAGAUCUGCUAACACAUCUCUGAUAAACAAAGGGCAAAUAAAUUAGACAGAAAUAUACAUCAUUUAAAAACGUAAAAACUUAAAGCUCAUGUAUUGAUGGGAUAUAUUUAUAUAUAUAUAAAGGAUGAGACGAGAUGAAAGAGUGUCCAAAUAUAAUCCAGUGGAAUAUGUAAAUGACAAUAGUUUUUUUUAUUGAUCAUGACCAUAUAUGGGCAAGUUGUUAAUAGAUGAAUGAUCGUAUCUUUUGUUUUCACAUGCUCAUGAUCGUCAUAAUGACUUUUAAAGGCAACACAUUAUUUUGACAUCAUACACAAUAUUUAAAUCAUCUUCAUGUCCAUUUCAUUUUUUUCUACAACGACUAACCACCAAAAGUAACAACAGAGUUCACCGUUCUACACACACUGUACAGACACAGAACUGGUGGGUGACCACGGACAGAGGACGUUCUUACGGCAUAGGGCUAACACGUUACUUAUGUACACUAAACCAGGCCUCCAUGCCAUAGCAAUGCUGUUGUGGGUACAAUACUAAGUACAAAUGAAGUGACGCCCAAAAUACAAAUCAUCUAUUUGUGUGGAUUCAAUAAUAAACUGAAAUAUCUCCGAGAAAAAACGAGAAUUCUGCCAUUAAAAGAAAUGUUAGUGUACCAGGAGUGAGUAGAAUGUAUAAGGAUAACUGAUCAGCUUUCACAAGAGCAGUAGCUUAUGUAAGAUGUUACAAAGAGUUAGGAUGGUCAGAUAAUCUCCUAACCAAGACGUGCUGAACAAACCGAUUUUUAAGAGAUUUUGUAUUCUCAUAAAACAUAGCUGUAUAAUAUAUUUGAUUAAUCAUUUAUUGAAGUUUUCAAUUGAAAUUAUUGCCAUUCAUGGACUGGCAUGAAAAUAAGAUUUACAUGAAAUGUGUCAUUGGUUAAUCUUUCGAAUAAUGUUAAAAAUUUAAUAAAAAAAAUGGUUAAAAACAGAUGUUUAGCAUUGUUAGCGUAUAUGAUUUUUUGUUUGUUUUAUAGAUUCUUCACCUCAGCGUUAACAACUCUUUGAUAAAAACCGAUGAAUUGCCCAAACAGAUGGAUGUACUUUUAAUGUCUGGUCCCAUGUAUAAGAACUAGUGGUCUGUUAUUCUCAGAAUAGCAACACAGGGGGUUUCUCUCUGAUCAAAUCUACACAGUAAUGUAUUCAUGUACACAAACAUGUUGGCGGCUCACGUGACUAAAAGUGGAAGAAUUUGAUAUACAUAUCUGUUGACGGGGAAUCAAGAGCACCGACGAUGGAUCACCCAAUCCAAAAACAAUAACACCACUGUAUAAAUGGACGUCACAAGACUAUAUCCCUAUGGAGCAGACCCCGGAUUUUAAGGUCCCGGAACAAUUACCCCAUACAAAAUGAUUUUACACAAUCAUACUAUACAACACACUGCAAAUAUAAUCCACAAAUUGUUCCCGUGAAGUUUGUACAUGAAAUUAAGUGAUUGAGCAGUCCCUAUGAGAUUAGAGCAGACUGGCAGUACUGGUCACUAACGCACACUGACCAGUACUAACAACAUCACUGACCAGCGAAAACAAUCUACCCUUACAUUACAACAUGUAACGUCCUGUGCACAUACUCCCACAAAAGUUUUGUUUGGAGAUUAUUGUGUUGCCAUCUAUAAUUUGUCAAAAUAUCAUAAUAGAUCUUAAACUUAUUCACCCCUGAAGACACAUUUGAACUUGUCCAAUUCCAAGGUUGGAAUAGUUCAUUGCGAAAUUUCAGGGGUGAAAGAUUGAAUUAUAUUUUGCUGUUUCUCCCCUACAAAUGAGCAUUUAACUUCUGGUAAAGGGGACAGUCAACUAACAGUUUCAAAUAUCCGGUAUCCUAUCAUUAAUUUACAUACUGAAUUUACCUUUAAAUCAAUACACUUUAUAUGAUAAAUAGACUUAAUAACAUUCAAGUUGAAAUAUUAAUAUAUUUAAAAAAAACAACACCCUGAUACCUGUUGAUUUCUUAAGGCAAUUCAUUUUUUUGUUUUCCUUUUUUUUUGGAAUUUCUCAAAACCAGUGUUGUCUCUGUAUCAAAAAGAGGAAAGAGAAAAACGUAUUUAACAUACACAAUUAAGUCACCUGUGGGUUAAAACAACAAUUUCAUCAAUAACUAUAUACAUCUGUAAAACAUAAGAUGACCAUUUCAUCAAAACGUUACUCGAUCCAGUAUCUAACAAAAAAUACAUAGUAAAUAAAUAGUUUUCAAACUCUGCAUAAAUGAUAACAAAAUGUCUUUGGGACUUAGUAACAUUUUUGGUCAUAAAACAACAUAAUAACUAAAUCAUUUAAAAUAAGAUAGAAAUAUUUCUUAAAAAGUGUCCUGAUGACCGAUAUCUCGCAACCAAAAUGGCUACAUUUUGGGAUUACAGUUAUUUAUUAAAGCGUAUACUUAGAUGGUAAAGUGAGGGUGAAGCCAGUACUAAGGGCAGUUACCCCCCUUUAUUACAUUAACUGCCUGUUGAGAAUUUUUCAACAUCUUUUUUUCUAAAGAGCAAAUCCCUGAAAAUAUUAAGUUAUUGCUACAAUAUCGUUCACUUUCUAAACACAUUUAUUAAAUGUCAGAACUCUAAUUGCAAGAUGCUUUUUGAUUUUUGAAACUACUGGUGAAGUUUUAAUACAGAGCAUCAAUACUUCUCUAACCAUUAAAACCAACUUUUCGAUUCAGAAAUAAAAAAUGAACAUACAAAUUCAAACUUAGGCUACAUACUUUUGAUUCCAAUCUAAAAUUAUUUCUUAUCUAUAAAUUCAUUUGUCAAGAUAAAGAGGCAACAGGUAUUAUAAAAACAA